AUGGAUGGACCUCCUCCGCCACCUCCGCCGCAUGGCACAAAUCCCCAGACGACUCAUGGGAGCGAAAGGUAUCGGAAAGCAACCGAUCUGCCCGAUGGCAACUAUGACAUCUUCAUCAUUCCUCCCCACUCUGCUGGCUCUGGCUUCAUCUACCUGCCGUCCUUACAAUGCCAUCGGAACAGCUUCAUCGCCGGCUCAUUGUCCACCCUUCUUGCGGUGGUAAUAUGGAUGACAAUCCUUCCCACGGUCAAGAGCUGGUUUGCGACGACUGUAGCUACCGGCGGAAUGGGGAUGAUUGUCCUCAUCAUCGCUGUUGGUGCUGCUGGAUGGUUGUGGGGUGUUUCACAAGCUGAAGGAGGCGGAAGUGGGGGAUCGCGAGGUGGUAGACGUCCCGGUGGUCCUGGCGGUCAUAAUGGCCCUGGUGGCCCUGGUGGCCCUGGCGGACCGGGUGGAUUUGGGCCUGGGUCUCAGUAUAAUGGAGGACAGAAUUUCGGUGGCCAUUUUGCGCAGGGCGGAUCGACCACGGGCGCUCAGUAUUCUGGUAAUCAAUACAACACCGGGACCCCCCCACCUCAAUCACCACCUCCACCUCCACCACCGCAUAAUAACAAUAACAAUAAUAAUCAGGGAACAAACACCAGCAAAGCUGAAAGCGAAUGGGAGAGGGCACGUGAAGAGACAAAGCGGAAGGAAGAAAUUCGACGGAAGAUGGAGGAGUACAAGAGGAAAAGAGAGGCGGAAGAGAUGGAAAGGAAGCGACAGCGAGAGAGGGAAGAACUGGAGAGAAAGUUCAGAGAAGAAAAGGAGAAACUCGAGAAGGAAGCUGCCGAAGCCAGGGAAGCUGCCGAACGGGAGAGGGAGGCUGCUGAACGAGAGCGAGAGGCAAGAGCCAGGGAGAAGGCGGAGAGGGAAGCAGCCGAAAGAGAGGCAAAGGAGAGGGCCGAGAGAGAAGCUGCUGAAAGAGAGGCCGCCGCGAAAGAAGCAGCAAAGAGAGAAGCUGCCGCCAGAUUUGCUGCGGCUAAGGAGGCUGCCGCGAAGAAGUAUGCCGCUGCAAAAGAGGCUGCUGCGAAAGAGGCUGCUGCGAAAGAGGCUGCCGCCAGAGAAGCGGCUGCCAAGGAAGCAGCUGCUAAAGAAGCAGCCGCAAAAGAAGCAGCCGCACAAGAAGCAGCCGCAAAAGAAGCAGCUGCGAAACCAUCUCCCAAAGCUGCCAAUUCAACUCCAUCAACAACACCGCACACUCCCUCUCCCAAGAAGUCUCAGCCCACUACAAGGACUGCUGCAGAGGAGGACGAUGCCUAUUCAUUCCGUCCAUAUGACAGGCCACGUCGGCCAUAUGGUACGUCGGCCUCUUCCAUCUACUCAGAGUCUUCAUAUGCACCUUCGCAGUCGACUGCGCGGACGACACCCCCGCCAUCGACUCGGGAACCGUACUUCACAAAGGAUCCCGAGAAGGUUAUUAUCAAGGGGGUGUAUUUGUUCAAUUCUGCAUCCACAAAGGCUCCGAUUGCCAAACUCGUGUCAGGACAAGGCACCGUCACUGAUGGCCUGGUCAUGCGUAUCACGACUGAGGGAUUGUUUGUUGAUGAUGACGUGCGGGGGGUUGCUGAACGUGAAUGGGAUGUGAAAGCGUGGACAAUGAAACUAAUUGAGAGACGUGUCCCAAUGCAGACGGCUGAAAUGCGAGGCCUACAAGUUGUCCGGGCCAGCAUCCGAGACCAAGAGGGCAAGAGAUAUGUCUUCAUACUGCAAGAUUCCGAGAGUUGGAAGUUCCCCGAUGCACAUGAUAGGCGCUGA